GAAUGGAGCCGCAUGAAGCUGUUGCCACCAGCGCUAAGUCCGGAGAAACUCAACAGAAACACAGCGACUUUAACCACGGAUUCGCUUCUGCGCCGCCAGCGCCACCCCCUCUGAACUUCAGGCCACGCUGGCUUUCCAAAAGCGAGCAGGGUCUUGUUCCCGCCAAGCCUGCUCCCACCUCGAAGCCGGCACCGCUGCCUGUUCGUCACGACGUCCCAAAGGUGCACCAGGAAACCCCGAUUGCAAUGGCCACACGCAGCGCUGACCAGGUACAAGCGAGGCCCCAAGGCAUCUCGCUCGCACUGCCACGCCGUGACGGCAACGUCAUCCUUAAAGACGUUGCUGGAGAGCAACGCGAGGCGAAUCAAGAGCUGCCAGCGGAUAAAGGAAAGCCGAAGCUGAAGCCUGAGCAGAGCUACUUUGCCUUAACAAAGGGACCGUUUCGCACACAGGCGAUCAACGACGUGAACAUUCCGUUCGCGUUACAGAGUGGGGACAACGAGGACGAGGACAUGGCGGUGAACGCUUGCGUGGUGACCGCUGCCGUGGUGCUCAUCUUCCUCACCAUCUUCCUCAUCUUCUUCUUGAUGAAGUCGAGCCAAAGCUUGACUGCACUCGAGAGGACUACCGCUUCCGACGAGGAGCUGAUCAGCCCCCGACCGAGAGGCUUCGAAGCUACGGACUUGCCAGUGAAUGCACGGUCAGCAAGCGACCGCUAUUCCUCAAGCUCCCGGAAAUCGUCACACGAGGUGAUGCCAGAUGAAGAAGCGGUGGGUGCAUUGACAGAAUCUGCUGUUUUUUCCGUCGUCACAAACGGGACUAAUAUCUGAAAACCUGUUUGAUGAACAUUGACAUCUGUACAGCAAAUUUUAUGGCGUGUCAUCACAAAUCGAUUUGAAACAGUGCCACCAAAGGUGGCCGCCAUCAGAUCAUACCAACGUUUCUUCAAUAUAUACCAACGAUACCAACGUACCUUCCCAUCAGCAGAUUCAUAAACUUAAGCGUCAAUAAAUAUCGCAUUUCUCAC